AUGGCCGCUCCCGCCCACACAUUCAAGGUCGCCGACAUUUCGCUCGCUGCCUUCGGCCGCCGCGAAAUCGAGCUCGCCGAGGUUGAGAUGCCCGGUCUCAUGGCCAUCCGUGCGAAAUAUGCUGCUGACCAGCCUCUUGCCGGUGCUCGUAUUGCCGGUUGCUUGCACAUGACCAUCCAGACUGCUGUUCUCAUUGAGACCCUCACUGCCCUCGGUGCUGAAGUCACCUGGACUAGCUGCAACAUCUUCUCCACCCAAGACCACGCUGCCGCCGCCAUUGCUGCUUCUGGUGUCCCUGUCUUCGCCUGGAAGGGUGAGACCGAGGAAGAGUACGAAUGGUGCUUGGAGCAACAGCUCAAGGCUUUCAAGGAUGGCAAGAAGCUCAACUUGAUCCUCGACGACGGUGGUGAUCUUACAUCUCUUGUCCACAAGAAGUACCCCGAACAGCUCAAGGACUGCUACGGUGUCUCCGAGGAGACCACCACUGGUGUCCACCACCUCUACCGCAUGUUGAAGGAGGGAAAGCUCCUCGUCCCUGCCAUCAACGUCAACGACUCUGUCACCAAGUCGAAGUUCGACAACCUUUACGGGUGCCGUGAAUCCCUCAUUGACGGUAUCAAGCGUGCCACCGAUGUCAUGAUUGCCGGCAAGGUCGCUGUCGUUGCUGGUUACGGUGACGUCGGCAAGGGUUGUGCUCAGGCUCUUGCUUCCAUGGGUGCUCGUGUCAUUGUCACUGAGAUCGACCCCAUCAACGCUCUCCAAGCUGCCGUGUCUGGAUUCCAGGUCACCACCAUGGAGGAGGCCGCUCCUCAUGGUCAGAUCUUCGUCACCACCACUGGUUGCCGUGACAUCCUCGUUGGCCGCCACUUCGAGGUCAUGAAGAACGAUGCCAUUGUUUGUAACAUUGGUCACUUCGAUAUCGAAAUUGACGUUGCCUGGCUCAAGGCCAACGCUAAUUCUGUCCAGAACAUCAAGCCUCAGGUUGACCGCUUCCUCAUGCCCAACGGUCGUCACAUCAUCCUUUUGGCCGAGGGUCGUCUCGUCAACUUGGGUUGUGCUACUGGCCACUCCUCUUUCGUCAUGUCCUGCUCUUUCUCCAACCAGGUCUUGGCCCAGAUCGCUCUCUAUAAGGCUGGAGAUGCUGCUUUCGGUGCCAAGUACGUCGAGUUCGGCAACGAGGGCAAGCGCCCUGUUGGUGUCUAUGUCUUGCCCAAGAUUCUUGACGAGCAGGUUGCCAAGCUCCACUUGGAGCACGUCAACGCUAAGCUCUCUACUCUCACUCCUGUCCAGGCUGAAUACCUUGGCUUGGAUGCUGCUGGUCCUUUCAAGAGCGAUAUCUACCGCUACUAAACGAGGACAUGAUACCCUGGGAUCUCCAUUUUCUCUUUGGCGCAUGGUGACACAUAUAGACUUUUUCAACAUGAGUUUACGAUGUUAUGAACAGACAUAUACUAUUAGAGUUCUCGGUUGAACAGAACUCAUGAGCAUUUGGCCUUCAACGGCUAGCACUUUUGAUUCCCCUAAAAAAGAAAAGUCUAAACUUUUUUUCAUUCAGCAUUUGAUUCUAUCUUGGGUUUAAUCUUUUGUGGUCCAGGACUUGGGUGUGAGGGAGGCGUGAUCUUUACGACCAUGGAAUAGUGAAACAUUGGUUUCUGCUUAUAUGUCUGGACUUUCCAACACAUGAAAGCCACAUGAUAUCCAGACUCUUUCCUUUGUUGUGUAUUACAAGAUUACAAACUGAAUCGAAAUCAUCGACUUUGGUUACGUCAAAUGGUUCCAAGCCUAAACUAGAGCCGAAUACACAACUCUCCGACGAUAUCCCCAGUCCGUAUAGAGUUAUUGAAACAUGUUAAUACUUCCCUUCGAAUUUCAUGCUAGUUGUACCAUCAAAAGUGUCCAUGUGCUCGAAAGAGUGAACAUGGCUUAAUAGAAAUCCCGUUGAAAUGGGACAAGGUCUUUCGAAGGACAAGCCCUA